GGCAGCCAUGUUCUAGCAUAAAUUGUGAAAACAUUAGUUAUGGUAGUCGGAUGAUUUGGAUGAAACGAGAACAUUUUAGGGUUUUGGAAUAAUUUAAAAAGCAGAAACUGGAUAUAACCACAAUUUAUUUUUAUUCUAAACCAUCAAAAAGAACCAAAUUACCUGGGGAAAAAUGGAUUAAAAUUUUUAAAUUGUUUAACCAAUGACAAUGAUCCAACGACUACAAGUUUUGAUAUCGAACGAGUGAAGGGUUCUUACAAUGGAAAGCCCAUGGGGCGACAGGGACUGGCAAUACCUAACGGAUUAUAGUGACUUGCCACUGUGCAUCCUUCAGUUGGACCCAGCUGAUAGGGCAGUAAUUCGGAUAGCAGAUGAAAGAGACGCCGUUCAGAAAAAGACGUUCACAAAAUGGGUUAACAAACACCUUUUGAAGUGGUGUCCAUUUCCUAUUGAUUACACGCAGCAUUGGAGGUUCACACAGGCUGGUCGACGAAUUCUUGACCUCUAUGAUGAUCUCAGGGAUGGACACAACCUUAUCUCUCUAUUGGAAGUCCUGGCUCACGAUAUACUGCCCCGUGAGCGAGGUCACAUGAGGUUCCACAAGAUACAGAAUGUACAGAUAGCAUUAGAUUUUCUGCGCAUGAAAGGGAUCAGAAUUGUAAAUAUUCGAUCAGAUGAAAUAGUAGACGGCAACCCCAAGCUGACAUUAGGUCUGAUCUGGACUAUAAUCCUCCACUUCCAGUCUCCUUCUGAAAGGAAAAAGAUUUCGGAUGUUGUGGUGCCAGGCCAGGAGGACAUCACUGCCAAAGAAGCUUUGCUGCUGUGGAGCAGGAGAACCACUGAGGGCUACCCGGGUGUGAAGAUCAGAGACUUCUCUUCCUCUUGGAGAGAUGGCAAGGCUUUCUUGUCAAUCCUGCACAGAAACAGACCAGAUCUGGUUGACAUCAGACAAGUCAAGCACAACAGUAACAAACAAAACUUGGAGUCAGCCUUUAACAUAGCUGAGAGGGAGUUUGGUGUGACCAGACUCUUGGAUGUUGAUGAUGUCGAUGUCCCCAACCCAGAUGAGAAGUCUAUCCUCACCUAUGUGUCAUCACUCUAUGAUGUUUUCCCAGAAGUCCCAAGUGUUGAACAGUCCCUCAAGGAUAAUGAGAGACAACUCAAGGUGGAGGAGUACAGGGAGCUAACCUCCACCCUCCUCACAUGGCUCAGAGAUGCCAUCAGGCUCAUGCUCAGCAGAAAUUACCCCACAACACUGCUAGAGAUCAAGGCUCUACACAAUGACUUUAAUCGAUUCCGUUCUGAGGAUGUUCCCCCACGGUUAGAGAGCAAGAACAGAGCUUUGAGACUCUUUGAUGAAAUACAGAGCCUAACAACUGAUCCCUCACACAUGACAAUAGAAGAUGAACUACUACCUCACAAUGUAUCCCGUGUCUGGAGCAGGUUUGAGGCCGCCAUGCAGGAGAGAGACAUGACAAUACAGGCAGAGGUCAUCAGGCUGGAGAGACUGCACAGGUUGGCUGAGAAGGCACAGAGAGAUGUCAGGUUUAACGAGGAGACCCUGGCUGACCUGGCCCGCAGGAUAGAUGACACCGCCCGCGGCCUUGAGAUGAUGCACUCGUACGAGGCCAAACGUAACUGUGAUGCCCUGGACCGUGGGCUGAAGAGUGUGGAGGAGGCCCUCAGAGGGCUGUUCAGAGAUUGUCAGACCUUGCAAGAUGGCAACCACCCAUACGCUGAGCAAUUGUAUAGGAGAGUUUCUGACCUGCAAGCCAAGGUGUCCAGCCUGAAGAAGCACCUGUACGGUCAGCUGGUCCACCCCCUGCUCAGCAGGUCCGCUGAUGAGGGGAGGAUGACAAAAACAAGAGCUGAAGUGGUCUCAGAGAGCCGACUCAUAGAGACCAACCCAGCAUUUCGCCACGUCCAGGACUGUCUGGACUGGGUGGAUGCUAAACAACGCCACCUGGAAGAAGCCCAGUAUGACAGUGACAUGAACAGAGUCCAAGAGUUGCUAGCUGUACAUAGGAGAGAACAUGAAGAAGUCCAAGCAUUCCGAUCUCAAAUAGACAAGUGUAUCAGUGACAGAAACAAUCUUUCGUCUGAAGAACAAAAAGUAUACACACAAAAGCUUUCCAAAGUAGAAGUGGCCUAUUCCCUUCUUUCGAAAACAUCCAGUCGGCGCUUGCGCUGUUUGGAGUCAUUAUAUGAGUUCCUGCAAGCAGCCAGAUUAGAACUGUUAUGGUUGAGUGAGCAGGAGGAGACGGAGCUGUCCCGCGACUGGGGGUCAGCUGAUCUCAACCUGGCAGAACUUGAUGAACAUCAUAAGUCCCUGGUUCGUCAAAUGGAAGCAAGAGAAAGACAGUUCAAUGCAGUCCAAGAGAAAGGUGGAGCUAUGAUCCUUGACAGACAUCCCUGUGCCAGAACAGUUGAGGCCUACAUGUCCACCCUCCAGUCCCAGUGGUCCUGGCUGAUCCACCUGAACUGGUGCCUGGAGUCGCAGGUCAAGCACUGUGUAGAGCACAACACCUUCUUUGAAGAGGCCCAGCACUGUGAGCAGUGGAUGGCCAGGCACGCGGAGCUGCUACAGAACAGAUUCUCCUCAGAAAACAUUCCCGUUGAUCAGGCCCAGAUCCUGCUGGCUGACUUGCAGGAAAUACAAGAUCAGAUCAGAGAGUAUGACCGCAGGGUGUCGGCCCUCGUGGUCAAAAGCCGUGACAUCAUUCCCUUGAAGCUCCGCUCCCAGAGAACAACAGCCCCUGUAAGAGUGCGAGCCCUCUGCCCCUGUCAUCACCAAGAUGUUUAUUUACAGAGGGGAGAAGAAUGUUUCUUAGUCAAUAAUUCUCAGAGGACAAAAUGGAAGAUCAAAACAAUGACAGGCCUGGAAGCUGAUGUGCCGUCUGCUUGCCUCCUGAUACCUCCCCCAAAUCAGGAAGCCAUAGACAUGGCCAGCAGGUUAAAACUCCAACAUGAACGCCUGUCAUCCCAAUGGAAGACAAAACAGAGGAGAGUCAGAAUGGCAGCCAUCUCAGCAGCCAUCAAACUAGUAGAAAGCUGGGACCUCAAGAAGUUCCUGGCCAUGGAUCCAGCCCAGAGAGAUGCUGUGUGGCGGGCCCUGAAGGAAGAUGGUGAGAAGCUGAUAGCUGAGUGUGGAACCUCUGACAGAGACAUGAGGAAGCUGGCAGAGGAGCUGAAACACUGCGGAGAAAUUUACCAGGAUCUGUGCGACAGAGCUGCAGCUAAAGAAGGUAAACGUAGUGUGAGCACCGCACAGAUCAUCCUCCAGAGGGUGGACGCGGUCAGCAGAGAGUUGAACACCACUGACCAGCAACUGUCUGCCCUGCUCCACAGACCACUGCCCCAGAACAACCUGGCUGUGCAAGAAUCAUUCCGUUCUUAUAGGGAAUUCCAACUGAAGUUUGACAAACAAGAAAAUGAAAUCAGAAGUUUGCAGGUGGACAUCAAGGAGCUGACACCUCGCAACUCAAACAUCGAGUCCAAGUUGAACCUGAUUGUACAAAAAGCUGAACAGAUGAAAGUUAUCUCUCACAUUUACAUUGACAGAUUGAAGGGAGGGGAAGUUGUUAUCUCAGGGCUAAACGAAGUCAAACAACUGAUCUCUGACUUUGAAACCUCGCUGGCAUCACAUGACAGCAUGACCUCUGACCUCACAGAACUCAAGUCUGUGAAAUCCCAGCUUGUGGACCUUCAGGAAUCCCUCCAGCAGCACCUCCCCAAGCUGGAGCACCUGAAGGAAGAUGUGGAGUCCCUGCGUUCUCUGGUGGAGCGCAGCAGGCCAGGCACCAACAAGCACCACGACGUGGACAGUGUGGAGAAGGAGGUCAGCAGCCUGGCCACAAGAUGGGAUCAAGUGUGCAUCCAGGUGGUGGAAAGGUUAAAAAGUGUUGGCUCCUGCCAAGACCUCUUGUCUCUCUACCGCAAUGGACUGGACACAGAACAACAGUGGACCUCACAGAUGGAGAAGAGGAUCUCAUCCCAGCCCUCCCUCAAUGGUGACGUGGUGGACGCCAAAACUCAGCUGGAGCCCACCAUGGCCAUCUAUAAUGCACUUGGAGACCGGAGAUACCAGAUUGAAUCAGUCAACAGAUAUGGAGGACAGUUUAUCAGAGAGGCUAAGAUUUCUGAUAAAAGGCUUCAGCAGUUCAAGGAAGCUGUCGGAGAUGUCACGUCUGGCAGCAGGGUCCCAGACAGCAAGAAAUUUAAACGCCAAGAUGGGUCGGAUGUUGUGAGAGAUGAGUUAGACAGGAUGAACCGUCUGUACAUGGAGAUGGUGGACUGGGCCAACACCAGGCUCAGACAGAUCACAGAUACUCUGGCAACACAUGGGGACAUGCAGUUUCAAAUUGUUAUGGAUGAAGAAAUUCCUCUUCUGCGCACAUUCCGGGCAGAACUUGCCAAAAGGUCAUCCAUGCUGCUGGAUGAGGACAUGAGGGAGUACUUCACUCACCAGUUUGAGGGUCCAGUUCCCUCAAAGACCAGCUACGGCACGGUGCCAGAACAAACCUACACCAGCUCGCUGGUGAUCAAACCAGAGUCCACCAUGUCGGCCGAGCUGGCUGAGUUCUCAACGACAAUAAAACUCCAGCCCAGGACGCCGCAGAAGGAAGCUUCUACACCUGCGGGUAGGCAGGCUGUGGCGGACUUCUCAGCCACACUCAAGGCCAUGGAGAACUCUUCCACUAUGGUGACGUCUAGCUCGGGUAAAACAAUUUCCUUAAUAUCUGGACCAGCGUCAGAGCACAAGGCUCUAGAGCAGUCAGUUGUCACAGUCAAGAAAGAGGAGGUGGGGACUCGGGGCCAGAUCCUGCAUGUGACGGCCGUCCUCAACCCACACACAUCACAGAAAGUGACUUUAGUCGAAGCCUUACAGCUGGGUCUCAUAGACCCCAAGACAAAGACAUAUAUUGACCCUUCAACCCGGCAGAGAAUGUCUUUAGAACAAGGGGCCAAGAAAGGGUACAUGGACGAGGUCCUGCUGAAACAGUUGACCUCCCCCUGCGGACUAAUUGACCCUCAGACUGGACAAGAGAUGUCUUUGAUUGAGGGGAUACAGAAAAAAUUGUACGACCCCAGCAGUAACACGUUUACUGACGCAACAACAGGGGAGGUAGUCUCUGUGUUGGAAGCUGUUUCAAGGGGGAUAAUUUCAGAGUCGUGUUCCAGGCUGUUAGCUGGUGAACAGCUUGAGCUAACAUCGGUGGUCCGCACGCAGGCGGUGUUCAACAGCUCCGAGCUUGCGAAGACUGGUUCUGGACUGAGUCUUGGUAAAGUCAUAGAAAAGGGUCUGUACAGUGAGAUGACUGGGAAGGUGGCUGACCCUCUGUCUGGCAUGGAGCUGACUAUCAUGGAGGCUGUCGAGAAAGGCUACAUCAACCCAGAGUACCAGGAAGUGGAGGACCCAACCACUGGCAACUACAUCACGCUAACAGAGGCUGUGAGAGAUGGGAUCAUUGACCCAUUCAAAGGCACGUUCAGCCAUGAAGCAAGUAACCAAAAACUGUCUUUGUCUGCUGCCAUGAAGAAAGGCUGUCUGAAGACAGCGACUUCCCUGUCUGAUCACAUAGCGCAAGGGAAUUUGACAGAAGAUGGCAGAGUGUUUGACCCUGUCACUGGUCAGAUCAUGACUCUAGCUGAAGCUAUAAACAGUGGCAUUGUUAGCAAGGAUAAGAAGUGUAUCAUUGACCCUAACACAGAGGAAGAGUUGUCUAUUGAAGAAGCAAUUAACAAAGGGUUAAUGACACCUACAGGAGAAUUCAUUGACCCUAAUGAUAACACCCACCAUUCUGUUCUAGACGCCAUCAAGCUUGGCAUUGUCAAACUACUGCAUGAAGAUGUUGAGUUCUCUAGAAUGGGGGUUAAAGAUCCCAGAACUUCAGAGGUGGUCACGCUCUCUGAAGCUUUAAAGCGUGGCAUCAUCACAUCUCAAGGUACCUACGUUGACAGCAGAACUGGAAGAGAGAUCAGCCUACAGCAGGCAGCAAACUCCGGGCUUGUAGACAGGACUCUUGUCAAGGACUUGAACAAGCCUACCAGUUUAAGAGAUGCCCAAGGCAGAAACCUAUCCAUAGCUGAAGCACUUCAGAGAGGCAUCCUGGACCCCCAGACAGGAUGUGUUGAGAAACCAAGAACCAAAGAGAAGCUGACCAUGCAGGAAGCUACCUCUGCUGGCAUCAUCAAUGCUGUGGAUGCCACAAACAUUCUGGGCCUCAUCAGCCCCAUGAUGACAACAACAACUGUCUUCACUCAGAUUGAAACGGCUUCAAGACCAUCUGAAGCAAUGACUUUCUCACAAGCUGUUUCCCAGGGGUAUCUGAAUGAAAGAACCGGAUUUUUCAAAGACCCCAGGACCAAUGAAAUCAUGAAACUUGAAGUAGCUGUUCAAAGAGGGCUUUUGAGAUUAUCCUCUGAAUGGCCUGAGGCGCCUUCUUUGUCUCAACAGUUUGAUGAGAUUGAUUCCAGAACUCAGAGAAUCGUCUCAGAGACUUUCAUGACCCUCCAGUCUGGAGACAAGACCAAAAAUAUUCCAAUACAGCCUGGCUCCAAAACUCACGAGUCCAGCUACAUGACCAAAACAGACAACCACUACUCCUUCACAACCACCUCCCUGGCCAAGCCUCUCCUGAUGCAGUCGGUCAUCUCAGAGACCAGAGAGAUCACACUCAAGUCUGUCAUAGACAGGAGGACUGGCAGGGAACUGGAUGUGGAAGACGCCAUCAAGAGGAAGAUCAUCAACCUGGACAAUGGUCAGUACACUGACCCCCUGACUGGGGAAACUAUGACACUGAAUAAAGCUAUUGAAAAGGGCUACAUAAAAGCUGAAGAGCUCUCAGGAAGCCAGAAAGAGGGCGCUGCUGUCAAGGAAACCAGAGCGUUCUCCAUUGUUGGUGUCCUUGACCCCAAGACAAAGAAACGGCUAACUGUAGGUCAAGCAAUAGCUGACGGAAUACUUGACCAAUCUAAAGGUGUCUACAAUGAUACAGACACAUUAGGUAGAACAAAACCAAUCAAGAUAAGCGAAGCUAUAGAAAAAGGCUUGGUUAUUGUGGAAGAUAUUGGGGACUAUGCAGUGGGACCUGAGUCUGUCCUGAGAGAAACUAAAUCUUACAUUCUGAGAACAGUCCUGCAUCCUGUGACAAGGAAACACCUGAGUAUUGCUGACGCUAUAGCUGAAGGCAUAAUUAAUGAGUCUGAGGGAUUGUACAUCAACACCUUGACAGGUGAGAAGAUACCCAUCCACGAGGCUAUAGAGAGAGGCUACAUCUUUGCACAGCUGGCCUCCGUCAAGACAGACGUGGAUACUAGCGUCAAUAGAAUCACCACCACAAAGCUGACAACACUGUCAGUGACAGCGGUGGUUGAUCCACGCACUGGCAAGCUCAUCUCCGUGGCCAAGGCAGUUGAGGAGAACAUUCUGGACCAGGUCAGGGGCGUGUACACCAAUCCCCAGACAGGGGAGUCCAUGACGCUGAGCGACGCCAUGGACAAGAGACUGGUCCUGGCGGAGUCACCAGAGUCACAGUCUGAGGACCCGCUGGUGAGGGCAGAAAUCUCCAGUAUACACAUCUCUGACGACCAUGAGCAAACAGACACUACGCUAAUUGAAGAGGUCCAUUCAGAGACUGUGACCAUGAGCAUUAGUAGCGUCAUCCAUCCAAAGACCAUGGAGAUGAUCUCCUACGACCAGGCAGUGCAGUCUGGCGUCUUAGACGUGAAGAAAGGAAUCUACAAAAACCCAGGUACUUUAGAGUCCAUGUCCAUCACAGCAGCUAUGGAGAAAGGCUUGAUUCACGGAGAGGUCACAUCCAAAAGACGGGAGGAAGAGACAUUGAGAAGCACUGUGUCUGCCCAAACACCAUCAGUUCCACUCAAAGAUAUCACAUCUGUCUUUGACCCAAGGACUAAAACAACCGUCUCGUAUGACAAAGCUCUCAAAGAUGGAAUUAUAAAUCCUGAUAAAGGCACUUACUACAACCCAGUGACCAGGACUGAAAUGGAUUUGAGCAGGGCUAAGGCCAUGGGGUACCUUCUAGAGUCUAAAGCGUCCAAUGCUGCUCAGCUUGAGCAGUCCCUUGAAGAACAAAACCUUCUUGAGGCCCAGCUCUCAACGCCCCGUGUGCCCAAAGAUACCAACAAGCCCUGGUCAAAGAUUGACAUGGAAAUGGAGAAAACAUUUAAUGAACCUAAGGGUGACUUGUCCCCUGCUACUGAAGUCCUCCAUUACACAACUGAUGUUGAAGCACCUGAUGCUACAAACAAAUCUAAUGUGGAUGCUACAAACAAAUCUAAUGUGGAUGCAACUAACCAAUCUAAAGCAACCAAACCUGAACCAUCUAGCCAGGCAGCAGUGAGAGGCUCAGAAGGAAUGUCCUACGUCAGUGCUGUCAAACUUGGGCUGGUCAACCCUGAGACUGGAAGAGUCAGGGAUCCUAAAUCUGGUGACUGGCUGACCCUGCAGGAAGCUAUUGAUAGAAAAAUACUGGACAAGAACCAGCCAGCACUGGAUGACCCAACCACAGGGAAGUCCCUUUCACUGAGUGAGUGUAUCAGGAGAAACAUCAUCAGUCCAACUGCUGGACAGAUGGACACAAGGAAAGCAGAACAGGCUGGCUUUUCUGACAGUGCCCAACCCCAAGUGACCCAGGCUGUACAUACACAUAAUUUAAUUGAUGCCGUUUCAAGCGGUCUUUACAAUGUCAUCACUGGUAAAUUCCUGGAGCCUGUCUCAGGCCAGCGUUACACCCUGCAGGAGUCUCUAGACAGGGGAACCAUUGAUGGGGAAAUGGUGACAGUGAGAGACACCCUGAGUGGGGAGAGGAUCCCAUUGAGUUCAGCCAUGAAGAAAGGUCUGAUCAAUGGCAGCCGUGGUGAUGUGUAUGAUUCUGCUCAGAAGACAACGCUCCCCUUAACCGUGGCUAUAGAGAGAGGGCUCAUUGAGAACAGGUUGGAUGCCAGCUCUGGUUCCAUUCUUGACAGCAAAACUGGACAGCAGGUUCCACUAAGGAAGGCAAUAAAUGACGGAGACCUGAAAUCUGAUGCUGUUGUGGUUGUUGAUUCCAGCACAGGGGAGAAAAUGUCGCUACAAGAAGCCAAGUCCAAGGGGCUUGUGGAUAAAACUGGAUCAGUUGUUGACAAGAAAACUGGGAAGAAAAUGUCCCCACAAGAUGCCUUAAAGCUGGGGCUUAUGGCUAUAGCUGGAGCUCCUGUCAUGGCUGGGAAGAUGGUGGUAGAUGCAGUCAAAGACAGAACCAGCAAACCACCAGUUAGCAAAACAGUUGAGUCAAAGACUGAAAUGACAAUAUCUUCCAGGGCUGUGAUGACACCAGGUGCAGCUAAUGUACCUGAAGACCCCAAAAAGACCAUAACCAUCAAAAGGGCAACUGCACCAGGUUCACCAGAGACUGGCCUGGUGGGCAAGUCUAUCACCAUCACAGUUGACCCAGGAACACCGGACUUUAUCACAUCCGCCAAAGCUGGAGAGCCGGUCACCCUCACAUUCCACCAGGCUCCACAGCCAGUAUCCAAACAGCAGACAUUCACUUCCUCAACCCAAGCCGCGCCCAUCCAGGGCAAGUACAGCGAGACCAUAGAAAUCAAAACCGUGUCCAUGGACUCCCCUAAAACUAUUGUACUCACCCCCGGUUCACCCUACAUUACAUCCACACCAGUGGAGAAAUCACCAGCUGCCAUCAGCUCUGUGACCAAAACUUUCCAGAUCAACACCAAAGAUGUGACGGAGUCUGUGUACUCACCACACAGUGGGGACCUUCAGACCAGGACAUUCAAAGAGGCUUCAAUGAAAAACCUGGCCAUCGACUGGGAAUCAGGAACAGUGAUUGACCAGUUGACCGGGGAUCAGAUGACAGUCACUGAGGCUGUACAGAAAGGCCUGCUGGAUUCUGAAGUGGUGGAAGACCUAGCUAGGAAAUCUACACCUGUUUUCCACACCACUCCACAGAUUGAGAUAGACUGGGAUCAUGGAACCAUCUCCGACCAGACCACAGGUCAGAGCUACACCAUAGAGAGAGCCCUCCAGAGUGGUUUGAUUGACAUGCCCACAGCCUCAGCUCUGGCCUCCGUCACUGAGACCAGCACAGCCCUAGCAUCAGAAAAACCAGGCAAGGCUACUCGAUCUGUUGAACCUUACACACUGAACCAAGCAGUCAAGGAGGGGAAUUACAAUACCAGCACUGGUAAAAUCAUAGACCCAUCAACAGGUCAACAAAUGUCAGUGAAAGAGGCUCUGGCUAGAAAUGUUAUAGAUGGGGCGUCAUCGACAGUCAUAGAUCCCCAAACAGGUCACCAAUCAUCCUUACAAGCAGCUAUAAAUAACAAAGUGUUUGACCCACUCAAAGGGGAACUGAUACAUGUUGGCUCAAAGGAAAGGAUCACAUUACAAGAUGCAGACAUCCAAGGACUCAUUCCAGACCAAACAUCAGAAGGUGCACCCUUCACACAAAAAUUCUCACCCAAACCUUUAACACUGAAAGAUGCCAUCUCUAAAGGUUACAUUGAUGAGGAUAAAGGAACCUUCAGAGAUCCUCAAACUGGUGAAGUUGUCUCUAUAGUUACAGCCAUUCAGCGUGGGCUCAUCUCUUCCUCUGCUGCUUCAGCACCUCCUCCAGUUGCACCUAAACCAAAAAGCCCUCAAAAACAAUCAGUGCAAGAAAGUGUCAAAGUCCUGCAGGAAGAAACAGUCACUGUGAGAAAACGACCAGCAGAUCGUCCAACUGCUGAUGAUGCCAAGAGGUUAUCCUUUGCUGAGGCUUUAGACAUGGGCUUGAUAAACCUAGAGGAGAAACAGUUCACAGACCCCAACUCUGGCCAGAGGAUAGCCUUGCUGGACGCCAUCAGAGAUCAGCUGAUUGACACUGCCACACCGGCAGAGCCUUAUGAAAGUCAUGGCGUCAGUCUGACUGCCGCGGUGGACGAGGGUCUGUUUGAUGACAAGAGGGGAGUGUUCCAUGACGUCAGUACAGGGGAGGAGCUAACAUUCCAUGAAGCUGUGGACCAGGGUAAAAUUGAUGGUAAUUUCACUGUUUAUGAUGUCAAGACAGGCGAGAUUUUCUCCCUUGAGGAAGGGAUUGAUGAAGGCAGAAUAGACCCCAAGUCUGGAAAGUUCAUUGAUGAAGAAACUGGUAAAAAGAUGACAUUGGGUGAAGCAGUAAAGUUUGGAGCUUUAGCCAUUGUUGGAGCUCCAUUCGCAGCUGCCAUCGCUGCUAAAGAAUCCUUUGAUGAACUCAUGGAGAGCAAGAGAAAGAAAGAUGUUGUGUCCGCUGAUGAAGAAUCCACUGGUCUGUCAUUCCAAGCCACGACAGUGCGACGUAUGUCAGCGAACAUGCUGGAAGUGACACAACUGCAGCAAAGCGUUCCAGCAUCUGAGGCGUCUGACGCCAUGACUCUGCAUGAGGCCAUCUCUAGCGGCUACCUCAACCCUAAAACAGGAGUCUUCACAGACCCCAACUCUAACAAACAAAUGGAGGUCAGCGACGCCAUUAUGGGUGGUCUUAUACAAAAAGACUCUGCCAUUCUCAAAGAUCCCCAGACAGGGAAGCCAGUGAACCUUCAAGAUGCUUUACGACAAGGUGUCAUGGAUGACAAUGGUCACAUCGUUGACCCCAAAACUGGACAUGCUAAAAAUCUUGACCUGUGUAUCAAGGAUGGGACUUUGCAAGAAGUUGCCACACCUGCAGCAAAGGAUGCUGUCAGCAUCUUCUCUAAGACCACAGAGACCAUCCACGUCGAUGGUGUGUACGACCCUCUGUCCAAUUGCCAUGUGCCUUUAGAUGAAGCCAUCAGCAGAGGCAUUGUCAGCCUGGAGGAUGGAGUGUAUGAGAAUGUUGUCACGGGGGAGAAGAUGCCAAUAACUGAGGCAGCUAACGAAGGCUUGAUUAAAGGACUGGUUGUGGAGAAGAUAUCAACAAAAGAAGAGAUCAAAGCUGGGCAUGUUGCUGAAGUUGCUUUUUCAGAGAAGAGGAUGCUGCAGGUUGAUGCAGUGAAGGACACACUGACUGGGGAAAACCUGCCACUGUUGGAAGCUGUCAGGCAGGGUAUUAUAGAUGAAGAGGUGACAUACUUCAGGGACACUGAAUACGACUCACUGAUACCCAUGGAUGUGGCAAUAGAGAAAGGUCUUGUGGUUGCCAGGGUGCUGGAUUCAGAUGCAGAUAUAGAGGACAUGUAUCGUAAGGACACUAUAGUACAGUCAACUUCCUUUAAAGUUGAUGCUGUGGUUGAUCCUGGGACUGAUAUUGAGAUGCCAGUCUCGCAGGCUGUAGAGAAGGGCAUUUUAAAUAUGUCCAGCGGCACCUUGACCAACAGCAGGACAGGGGAGACAAUGUCUAUCAGUGAUGCUCUCAAAGAAGGAUUACUUAAAGGGAGAGAAGUCAGUCCGAGCCAUGUGGAAUCAGCUCAUGUGAAACCUAAAGGAUUUGGUAGGGAGGUGUAUGACCCUGAGACUGAAGAUUAUCUCUCCUGGAACGACGCUGUCAGGAAAGGUCUCAUUGACCCAUCUGAGGGGUUGUAUCACAUCUCCGAGCAGGAGCCCAUCUCCAUAGUGCAAGGAGAAAAGGAAGGCAUGAUUGUGAAGCAGGCGGUGGGGAAAUCCAUCCAAGAAAAAGCAUGUGAUAUUACAUCUGUGUAUGAUCCUCUGAGAGAUGAGCAUGUGAGCAUUAACGAGGCUGUGGCGUCGGGACUCCUGGACUUGAAGUCAGGGACCUACAAUGAUCCCGCCAGCUUGGAUCCCAUCCCUGUACAGCAGGCCUACGACCAGGGACUGAUUAAAGGCAAAGUCAAAGAGAACCUGGCAACAGGCACGGUUGUCAUUGGGGACUAUAAAGUCAAGUCAGCUGUGGACACUAGGAAAAACAACUCAGUCAGUGGCAAGGAUGCUCUGUUGAUGGGGAUCCUGGACAAGAAAAACAAGCAGUACAUUGACAAAAAAACUGGCCAGAAGAUGAGCAUUCCAGAAGCUGUGAAACGUGGUUUUGUGAUUCUGGAAUCUGAGGUGCCGGAACCUGUGGUCACUACAGUCAAGCAGAAGACAAUGACCAUCACGGCUGUAGUUGACCCGGUAUCUGGGGAAGAGAUAACCAUGGGAGAGGCCAUUGGUCAGGGAAUAUUUGACCCAGAGCAAGGUGAGAUCAUCAACACGCAAACAGGAGAGCACAUCUCUUUGGACAAGGCAAUUGACAUGGGGCUCAUCAGUGCUGAGGUGGUGGAGGAUGAGCAAGCAAAAGAGAUUGUUGUCAUCAAUGGCGUGCUGAUCACAGAGGUCACGAACCCACAAACUGGGAAGCCGAUACCCAUUGCAGACGCAAUUAAACAAGGAAUUCUGGACAAAGACAAAGGAGUUUACCAGGAUCCUUCUGGUCCUGUUUCUCUCAGAGAUGCCCUUAGGUAUGGUCUGAUUGAAGGUAAAGACACUGCUGAAGUUGGACUUUCAGAGCAGAAAAAAGAGGAUGCUAAACAGAUAAGCAUCAGGAAAGUGUACGACCCAACCAGCGGGCAGAACAUCGGCCUGGCUGAGGCCAUAGAGCGAGGACUGGUGGAUGAGAACUGCACUGUGUACAGCAACCCUGUCACAGGGGUCCCCAUGAUGAUUGAUGAUGCCAUGAAGGAAGGCUUGGUUGAAGGCACCGUCCAGACUGUUUCCAAAUCUCAGACGACCGUCACCUCCAAGAAACCAGCCAGCUCCCACAACAUCACAGGUGUCAUUGACACAGAGACAGGUAGGGAGUUGAGUGUGGAGGAGGCCAUUGACCAGGGGAUCCUGGACCCAUCAGGGAAAUACACUGACACUCUCACUGGUGAUGUCAUCUCUCUAGCUGAAGCCAUGAAGCUUGGUUUGGUGGUCUCAGAAAAGAUUAACAAAUCUCCACAGUCGAGUAUCAUUGCAGAACAACGAGAAACUGGAGAGUAUGUCACAUUCAGAGACGCCAUGAGGUUUGGACUUAUUGACCCCAACACCGGUACUUUUUUAGAUGAAGCCUCCCAGAAGAUGUAUCCAAUAGAUGAAGCUGUACGGACCGGACUGGUCGUUGCAUCUGAUGGGAGGCCAUUUGAAUACAAAGGUGUGGGGGAAUCUGGAGUGACUUACAGCUUCAAGAACGCUCUUCAGACUGGGAUCAUAGAUCCAGAGACAUGCCUUUUCUAUGACAGCAUCGUGGGGGACACCAUCUCCAUUGAAGCGGCCUUAGAGAAGGGAUACCUUUCACCAAUAGCAGGGACGUAUGGCGCCAGAGCUGUUGGAGAAUCUGUCGUCAUCUUGAAGGAUGGUGUGGCACCAAGCGCUGCCUCCAAUGUGGAAGAAAUUCUGGACUCUAAAACUGGUGAGAAGCUGAGCCUGACCGAGGCAGAAAAGAGGGGGCUUAUCUCUGUGGUGGGGAGUGAAGAGAAGAUCUCCCUGCAUGAAGCUAUUCAAGGUGGGCUGGUGGACAGUGACACAGGGCUGUACCAUGACCCAGUGUCAGGGGACUCCAUGCCCAUAGACCAGGCUGUUCUCUGUGGCCUCAUCUCCUGUGAAGAAAACGGCAAUGACAUUGUAGAUUAUAAGAAUGGAGACAUUUCCAGCUACGGUCAUGUGAAUGGGUCAGAAUCUAUGAACCUAGCUGCAGCCAUCAGCCAGGGUUACAUUGACACGGCUACCUGCAGCUACACAGAUCCCAACACACAAGAGACCCUGUCAGUCACGCAGGCCAUUCAGAAGGGCCUGCUCAAACCCACACUGACUGUAAGGGAAGCUCAGGAGACAGAAGAACCAGAGGAGGGGAGAAGAGACACUGUACAGGCUACUAAACUCCCCACCAAAGUGGAUUCUAAAAUGGGUCCAAAAAUAACCCCCAAAGAUGGUAAAACAACCCCUGGUAUUUCUCAAAAAGAAACAGUAAAAAGCUCAAAAUAUGGAAGUUCAACAUCAACAACAACAGUUGAUUCUAAAAUGGGUCCAAAAAUAACCCCCAAAGACGGUAAAACAACCCCUGCUAUUUCUCAGAAAGAAAUUGUAAAAAAUUUGCAACCAGAAAGGUCCACUCCAACCACAGUUGAUUCUAAAUCAGGUCCAAAGGAUGGAAAAACCCCUGGCAUUUCUCAGAAAGAGACCAUCUCAAGUUUAAAACAAGGAAGCACCACAUCAGCAACACCAGUUGAUUCUAAAUCAGGUCCAAAAGUAGCCCCAAGGGAUGGAAAAACCCCUGGUAUUUCUCAGAAAGAGACCAUCUCAAAUUUGAAACAAGGAAGCGCCACAUCAACAACACCAGUUGAUUCUAAAUCAGGUCCAAAAGUAGCCCCAAGAGAUGGAAAAACCCCUGGUAUUUCUCAGAAAGAGACCAUCUCAAAUUUGAAACAAGGAAGUGCCACAUCAACAACACCAGUUGAUUCUAAAUCAGGUCCAAAAGUAGCCCCAAGAGAUGUAAAAACCCCUGGUAUUUCUCAGAAAGAGACCAUCUCAAAUUUGAAACAAGGAAGUUCCACAUCAACAACAGCUGUUGAUUCUAAAUCAGGUCCAAAAGUAUCCCCCAAAGACAGCAAAACCUCAGGUAUCCCCCAGAAAGAGUCAGUAAAAAGUGUGAAAAAAGGCAGCUCCACUCCAGCUUCUUCAGUACAUGAAGCAUCAGAUGAAGAUGAAGAUGGAUCAUCCUCUCCUGCAGUCAGAAGAGACAUUGCUGACACCUUCAGGCAAGAUCACCCAGAUGAUUCUGAUCAAACUGCUGCCUCACCAGAUGACUCAACUGUGUCUGGGAUCUCCAAGAGAGAGAAAGCUAAAGGAACCAGUUCAAAGAUACCAAAAAGCAGAUCACCCACAAGAAGGGGGAGUACGCCAAGAGAAAUAAGCAACGGAGUCUCCGAGCAGACCAGUCUCAGUCAGGAGAACGGCCACGCUGAUGCUGAAUGUUUGAGUUCAUCAGGUUCACCAUCACCACCCACUACACCAGAUUCUAGUCACACCAUUCCUCUUCCCUCUGUUGAUAAGGUUAGUGUAAAUUGUGCUGUGAGUGCCGAAGAGCAUUCAGUUGAAGGUAGUAGUUGUGGUGGUCAAGAAAGGGAGGCGGGUAGUUCUUUUUACAAUGAUGGUGUGUGGGACCAAAAAACUGGUGGCAAGGAAAAACUGGUGAUACAGACUCAACCUUCAAAUGGUGACACAGGUUUUGAUGCUAGGGAAAAUGUUCAUCAAGGCAAGGAAAAACUGGUGACACUGGCUCAAUUUUCUCAUGGUGACAUUGAUUUUGAUGCCAGAGAAGGCAACGAAAAACUGGUGACACAGGCUCAACCUUCUGAUGGUGACACAGGUUUUGAUACCAGAGAAAGUGUUCAUCAAGGCAAGGAAAAACUGGGGACACUGGCUCAAGCUUCAAAUGGUGACACAGAUAUUGAGAACACUGAAAGACUUUCACUUCAGGCAAAAAAAAUAUCUUUUAGUGAAGAUACAACUGUGAUAAAAUUGUGUAGUAAUCUGGACAGCCUUAACUCAAACCUAGACAGUGCUAGUCAAUUGAAUGAACAGUUAACCACUAAAGACUUGCAGCUUAUCUCACAGAAAAAGCCAUUUGCUACUUUACAGAGCACUCCAACAGCUGAUGAUGCCUCUACAGCUCAAGUCUCUAUUCCAUCUGAACAAAUUACCUCCCAUGUUGGCAAGAGAGAGAGCAAAAGAUUUUCUUUCAGUGAUGAUUAUCUCCAGGAUGAAGACUACCAUACCCUUCUGACAUCAUACACUAAGAAUGUUCUAAAGAACUUCUGGCACACUGCCACUGAGAAGGUGGUCCACCCUAAGAGAGGCACCAAACUAGGACUACAGGAAGCUUUAGGCUGUUCUGUGCUGCCUAGGAUUCUUCAAGUGAAACAGUUUCAGGAGGAAGAGCCAGUCAGCAUAACAGAUGCUCUGGCUUCUGGGCAGAUUGACCGUAAGACUGGAAGAGUUGUUGACAUGAAUUCUGGAGGAGUCUUGACUCUGUAUGAGGCUAUUUCCCAAGGUCUUGUUGUGGUCAGCUCCGUGGGUGAUAAGGUCCAUGAUGAGCACAUGAUUGGCUGUUUGAGACGGGAGCUUGGUCCCGGGCUGCUUGAUGCCGUGACCAAUGGUGAGGCCACUAUGACGAUUCACGUUCUCGAUCUGAAAUCUGGGAAGAGGUACCCCCUACCUGAAGCAAUAACACAUUCACUUUUUGACCCUGAGACAGCUCAGGUGAAAGACAGCAUCAGCGACCAGUGGCUGAGCUGGGAGCAGGCUGCGCAGACAGGCCUGCUGUACGACUCCAAGCCCCUCUCUCUACACCAGACUGUUUUAUCACCCAAGUUCCAUCGUAAGCUGCAGAGUUUCAUCAACGUCACACCAGAGGGUGGCCAGAACCUGACACUGACGGAGAUGAUUGAUAAAAAUUUGAUUGAUGUCACAAAGAAAGAAGUCUUUGAUGUCAGACAGGACCUGUGGUUGUCAGUGGAGGAGGCCAUUUUUGAGAACAUUAUCGACCCUGUACAAAACACGUACUAUCACAACACUCUUGACACUGUCAUGUCGCUGUGUGACGCCAUUGAGGCUGGACUCAUCAGUGACCACGGUGAGGGAGAUGUAUCUUUCUCAAGCUUUACUGACCUGACAAGUAUGGAAGAUAUUGACAAAGAUAAUUUUCCCAUGACUGUGUAUGAAGCUAUUGAGAAUGAUCUCCUAGAUGAAGAAACUAGUGAGGUCUUUGUCGGGGAUGAAAAGAUGCCAUUUGAAACAGCUUAUGAAAGAAGUUUUAUAACACCGGAUAGAACAUUCAUUGUUGAGCGCAGUACUGGUCUGACGUAUGAUUUCAAGGAAUCUAUUGACAUUGGUAUGGUUGAGGUGUCAACUGGCUCAAUGAUUGACACUUCCUCAGGCGAGAAGUAUCCUUUGGUGAAAGCCAAAGAGAAAGGGCUGGUGCGCAAUACUCCAAGACCUUUCCUGGAACUGUCUGUUGCCGCAGAGUAUGGUAUCCUUGAUUUUGAUGAGAGGAGGAUCAUAGAUCCACAAACCAAGAAGUCUUUAACAAUAACCCAAGCCAUUGCUGAUGGCAUCAUAGACCCAGCAUCCAACCUAACCCAGCAUGAUGGGAGAAACAUCACCCUGCAGGAGGCCAUAACAGAUGGUAUUCUGAACAUUGACACUCUAGACCUGCUGCUGCCUGGAGGAAAGCUGCAGUCCAUCUCUGACUGCAUGGGAGUACCAAAGUCCUACACAUCCAGGAGAAGAAGCUCAGUCAUGGGGAGGAAGUGCAGCUUAACCUUGGAUGAAGCUAUCAACAGUGGCAUCUAUGAUCCAGUGUCCAACUCUGUCAUGUCCAGAGAGGGUUUCCUCUCACUUUCUAAAGCACUAAAUGCCGGGCUGAUACACGGUGAUUCUCUUGUUAGAGAUCCUUACAGUGGGGAUAUUCUGUCCUUAAAGGAAGCUCUUGAUAAAAGGCUGCUUGAUCCAGAAUCUGGCAAAAUGAUUGACUCUUCAGGUAUGCCUAUCGCAUUGAACUUUGCCUUAGAGAAAGGUCUAAUUCUCAAGUCCAAGGCACCAUUACAUCUGUCCCUAUCUGAAACACUGGAUGAGGGGCUCUUCAAUGUUGCCUCCAAUCUUUUUGUCAACCCUGACUCUAAUGAAGAAAUCGAUUUUGUCACUGCCUUAGAGCAGGGGAUUGUGGAUGUUGACCUGAUCAGAGUGCGAGACACCAAAACUGGUUCAGUGCUCACCUUGGAGGCUGCUGUGGACAAGGGAAUCUUAGAUCUUGAGGCGGGGGUGUGUGUGAAUACAUUUGAUGGGGAGAAGUACAACAUAGUUGAUGGGCUUGAUAAAGGCAUCAUUGUAGACACCACAAGCCAGCCAGCCAUGUCUUUGCUGGAAGCAAUUGAUGAAAAUCUGGUGGAUGUCUCCAAGUGUUUGUUCAAAGAUCCAGUCGGGCAGUACCAGAUGAAUCUUAAAGACGCAUUGGAAUCUAAUCUGAUGGAUCGCAUGUCUAUAUCUAUUAGGGACGUGAAUUCAAAAACAUUACUGACAAUUGAUGGUGCAAUAAGCCAAGGCUUGGUAGAUCCAGAAACUGGGGGAUUUAGAAGCUACAAAGGAGACGAGGGCCUGACUUUUGAAGAAGCCUUUGAGAACUGUCUCAUAUUUUCGGAUGCUUUCGUCCCAGACAAGAGCCUGCUUGAGGCCGUUAAACAAGGCUUGUACAACUGGAAGACUGGCAAGUUCAUUGACCCUUCAACAGGUCGGGUCAGGAGUCUGAGGGAUAUGGUGGCGGAGGGGAUCUCAGACCCUGACACCUUGCUCAUUCUGGACAGUAAGAAGAAGAAACUUCUGACAUUCAGUGAGGCCACGGAUCAGAAAAUUUUAGACACAAAAGUGGGAAUGGUCUUAGACACUGAGACUAAUGAGUUGCUGAAUUUAAGAGAGGCAAUGGAUAGGGGCUUGUUGCAAGAGAAUAUUAAAAACAUUUCUCUGUCUCUACAACAAGCAGUUGAUGCUGGCCUGCUGCAGAAAAAUUAUGGUAAAAUAAUGGACCCGUUAUCCCGCCGGUCUUUGACCAUAGAGAAAGCCACUGAGAUAGGCUUGGCUGAUGUUUCACAACUUCUUGUCAGUGUCAACGAGAACAGGAAGUACAUGUUUUUAGAUGAAGCCAUGCAUGAAGGCAUUGUGUUUGUGGACGAUGAUAAACUGGUUUAUUCUAGAACUGGCAUUUCACAUGAUUUCGUGUCAGCUUUCAACAAAAAUAUUUUGAUUGAGAUCCCAAAAGGUGGUUUUCUUCUCGGGGAUGUCGUCUCCUCUGGUCUGUAUGAUGAGAGUAACCUGAGGUUCGUUGAUCCACUGACUGGCAAAAGGUUGACCUUAGCUGAAGCUAUUAAAAGUGGGGUCAUCAAUGAAGAGAAACCUCAAGUGGCUGUUCCUGAAAUUGGGGUGUUUUCCCUUAAACAGGCAAUAGAUAAAGGUUUGAUAGACCCUCACACAGGGAACUACAUUGCCUCGAAUACGCCUUUAACUCUUACAGAAGCUGUUGUGACCAAACGUUUGUUGAUUGCCCAGAAUAAACAAACUGAGGAGGAGUUUAGGAGGUCCAUGUCUUCCUUGGACAGCUUUGAACACCUGCCCUCACCAUCUGAGCCAUGCUCAUCAUCCAUUUCACCACAUUCUUCCUUAACAGUGCUCUCCAAGGACACGGAGAGUUCCAUGGAGGUUGAUUCUUCCAGUUCCAGUCAAAUGGCAGGAAGUUUGAGGUGUGAGCCUGAUGUGCUGGACAGUGGAUCCAGUGAAGACGAGGACACCACGCUCAGCUGCUGCAGUAAUGCUGAGAUCAACACAGACACCAUGGACUUGGACUUCACUGAUCUGGCUCAGCAUUACACAGGUGAUCCCUUGUUGGAUGGAGAGAACUUCUCUCAGAACUUGAACAAAAUUCCCAACCUCUACACUGUAGCUGGCAUUGUCAACAAGUCGUACAUGGAUGAUUACACAAAAUCUGAUGAAAGCUUAGCCAGCCAUUCUAGUCCAAGUUUGGACAAUAAAUUUAUCCGGGAUCUGUCGAGCAAUGCUUCUCAAAUUUCUAUAGACAGUCCUCCCACCUCCCGUAAGCUGCCUGAGGAUUUGAAUAUUAGCUUCACAGAGAGUGAAGCAUCACUUCCAGUAACAUUUGACAUGGAUGAGGAUACACGUGAUAUGAAUCUCAGAGUGUACUACGAGCGCAGUCAGAGCUCCUGUAGUGACAGCAUCCAUAAGAAUGCUAAAGAAAAGGUUGAAGCGUACUUGAAGGCUGAGAGAAGCCACAGCACCAAUGAUCUUGAGGACCAUUAUGAGAACUAUGCAGCUUCCAGGAAAGAGGAGUUGAUGAGAGACUUGCAGUCCAGAUGGAGCCCCCCAGCUGAUGAACUGUCGGCUUCUCUUGAUUCAUUGCUCCAGGACGCCAUCAGGAAACAGCUGAUUGAGGAGAAACCCUUGUCUUUGUUUAACUCUGUUGAGAAAGGAGUCUAUGAUGAUAUCAGUUCCUGUUUCUGUGACCCUGAAACUGGUCGUAUUCUUAAUCUCUGGGAGGCUGUAGACUCCGGUCUUGUAAAUGAUUCAAUCAAGGAGGUGAUAUCAUCAAAUACUGAACAGCCCAUGACCUUAAAAGAAGCCAUCAGUGCUGGUGUUAUAGAUGCAGAGAGAGGAAAGUUCUUAGAUCACAGCACUGGAACUGUUCUCACACUUAAGCAGGCACGGGAUGUGGGUCUUAUUUUCAAGGAAAAGUACAGUCCCAGAAACACUGUAGAAAUCCAUGUGGAGGACAUGUCUGAUUAUGGCAGGAGGAAGAUUGAAGAUGCUUUCUCUAGCGGUAUCUUACAUCGCUCAAAUUCUCAGGUUAUUGAUCCUGAUUCCGUCCAGGGUAUAACUCUUCGCAGGGCUGCUAGCAUGGGUCUUAUUGAUCUGAAGACUGGAGACUUUAAGAACCCUCAGACAGGGGAAACAAUGUCCCUGGCUUCUGCUGUUGAGAGAGGAUAUAUUCUAAGUCCUAAGGGCCUCUCGUUGUACAGUGCAGUAGACCAGGGGCUGUACUUUGAGUUCUCUGGACAGUUUGUUCACCCUGAUACAGGUGCAGUGAAGUGCCUGCAAGAGAUGAUUGCUGACAGUGUCAUCACAGGCCAGCACCCGGAGAUCAGGGACACCAUGCAGGACAGCAUCAUCACCCUUGGGGACGCCAUUAAGAAAAACAUGGUUGAUGCUCAGAAGGGCGUCUUCAUUCAGCCCAGCUCUAGAGAAACCAUCAACUUCAAGGAAGCCAUUUCAGCUGGUUUGAUCAUUAGCACCAGUACGAGAGAGGGUUUGCAGGAUCCACUAAAACAAGUGCCUUCCAGCCCUGGAUUAGACAUCUACAGACAGACAUCCAUGUCUCCAGGCUCCAGUGGUAGAAGCUCUCCGUUUAUAUCCAUCAGCAGACUUAUGACACCUGAAAUUCAGCGCCAGCCAGUGGCUGAAAGUAAUGCCAACAAAGGUGGCUCGUCUGUUAGAUUGACUCCUGUCACAGAUGUAGAAUCUCUCACCCAGAAACAAAACUGGGCAGCUGACAAAACUAACCAACCUUUCAACACAGUACCAGUUAGAGAUAAUGAUGGGGAAAUAGCUGGUGUUGGUUUACAGUUUUUUGAGCACCUGAAAGAGAUAUCCUUACAGACAGAUGGUGCACACAAGUUCAGUGAACAUAAGGAAAGUGAGGCAUUAAAAACCAGUACAGAGUCAGGAAAAGAUGACUUUGUUUCAGAUUUAGACUCCAGCGCAGAAGUUUCAGACAGUGACUCGGACAACGACAACUCGCAGUCAUCACUGCUCAACACAACAGUCAUCAGCACGUCACAUGCUAGCACACCUCCGGAACCAGCUCCAUCAGAUGAGGUCCAGGGCAGACUUUUUGAUGCAAACCUCAGCAGCAGUGACAGUCAAGGAACUCCCAACAUCAAGGUUUCAGAUCUUCAAGGAAAUAUCAUAGAGGAACUCAGUAUUGAUUCUACAAAACUAGACUCUGUGAAUGGGAAUAUUUUACAAGAAACAAAACUUGCAAAUAACAAUGACAGUAGUGGUAUAGACAUCAAAGAAGCCACUAGCAAAGAUAAAGCAAUGGGCUUGUGUCAACCAGGAAUAAAUCACCAACAGAAUGGGUCAUCUUCUAAUGGGGAGCAACCAAAGACUUUAGUAAAUCUCAAAGAAAACAAGGCCAUUAAUGGUGAUGUUAAUCAAUGUGUAAAACAUGAAACUUCACUUGAGGAUGUUGAUGGAAAGUUAACCAAAGAACAGUUGAUAAACAAAUACCAGAAUGGGCUUGAUAAAGUUGCCUCAAAGUUGGACUCUGAAGCAGCUAAGAGUAAGUUAAUACCUGGGCACAAACAAGCUGAUGAAGGCAGCCAACUCUACACAGAUAAAAUAUUGAACAAAGAAUUGGACAUGGAGGCAGGAGUUGUUUUCCAUGCUGAUAAUGUCGUAGCCAAGUUAGAUGAGAAGUGGAAGGUGAAAACAAAAGUACAAAAUGAGAAGGAACUGGCCAGUGGUGCUGACAAGAAUGGUGUGAGUUUUACAGACACUAUUCCAUUAGUAAAAGAUGUUCAUCAACAUCAGAAGAUUGGUAAUGGUCAGUUGGUGGAUGAUGCUAAGCCAGGAAAAGCUGCUGGUGAUGAAGACAAGAGAAGCCAGGAUAUUUCUGCUGAUUCUGUAAAUCUUGAGGAACCUGUUAGGGUGGUAGAUGAGGGAAAGAAAUCACCUUCACAGAGAGAUGAUGUAAGAAGUGAUGUUGUUACUGUACGGCGGUCAGUUGAUACACAUGUGACAAUGUGUGUCAGUGGAGAAACACACAAUGACCAACAGGAGUCUGACAGCAAUCUAAAGGUUAAACUAAGUCUUGGUCAUGUUUCAUCUGAUAAACCUGAACAAUUAACGAAGGAUGUUGCAUCUGAUAAAUCUCAUUUAACUAAGGAUAUUUCAUCUGAUAAACCUCAACAGUUAACUAAGGAUGUUUCAUCUGAUAAACCUCAACAAUUAACUAAGGAUAUUUCAUCUGAUAAAUCUCAACAAUUAGCUAAGGAUGUUUCAUCUGAUAAAUCUCAACAAUUAACUAAGGAUGUUUCAUCAGAUAAAUCUCAACAAUUAGCUAAGGAUGUUUCAUCUGAUAAAUCUCAACAAUUAACUAAGGAUGUUUCAUCAGAUAAAUCUCAACAGUUAACUAAGGAUGUUUCAUCUGAUAAAUCUCAACAAUUAACUAAGGAUGUUUCAUCUGAUAAACCUCAACAAUUAGCUAAGGAUGUUUCAUCUGAUAAAUCUCAACAAUUAGCUAAGGAUGUUUCAUCUGAUAAAUCUCAACAAUUAACUAAGGAUGUUUCAUCAGAUAAAUCUCAACAGUUAACUAAGGAUGUUUCAUCUGAUAAAUCUCAACAAUUAACUAAGGAUGUUUCAUCUGAUAAAUCUCAACAAUUAACUAAGGAUGUUGCAGCAGAUAAACCUCAACAAUUAACUAAGGAUGUUGCAGCAGAUAAACCUCAACAAUUAACUAAAGAUGUUUCAUCUGAUAAAUCUCAACAAUUAACUAAGGAUGGUUCAUCUGAUAAAUCUCAACUAUUAACUAAGGAUGUUUUACCUGAUAAAUCUCAACAAUUAUCUAAGGGUGUUUUAUCUGAUAAACAAUUAACUAAGGAUAUUUCAUUUGAUAAAUCUCAACAAUUAACUAAGGAUGGUUCAUCUGAUAAACCUCAACAAUUAACUAAGGAUAUUUCAUCUGAUAAACUUCAACAAUCAACAAGAGAUGCCACAUCACAGGGCAAGUCUACUGACUCUGAAAGCAAUAGAAGACCACACACCUCUGGUACUGUUAGUCCCACUGGCAUACAUGUAAGUCAGUCUAGUGAAGAACUACAAGAUCAAACAUCUCCAACCUUCACCAAGGCUGAGGAUGCUCAGAUGCCAAUAAGACAGCAGGAGAAACCUGACCACCCAUCUGGUGAUGCUCAAACAUCUCUAGACACUCACCUACCCACACCACUUGAGAGUCUAGGUGCACUGUCCAAGGAAGAAACUGGGAGUGACAAUGACAUGACACUAGCCACAAAUGUUGAAGCUAAAAUAAAACCUAAAAUCCCAAAGAAACCAGUGCUGAAGUCACCAUCAGAUGGCAAGCCUGCAGAUGCCAAGCAUGAAGAAGUUAAGCUCACAGAUGGGAAAGAUGUUAGUGCUCCUGGUAAAGGCCUUGAUGCAGUAGUGGCUUCUGAUGCUCAGAAAGAAUCUGUUUACCUGGGUAACACAGAGCUAGCUCAAGGACAACACAUUGGUGUUAAACUCAACAAGAAAUCUUCAGUUCUAGCUUCAAAUGUUCCCAAUGAUGUCCCAUCAGCCCCCACUGAAAUAGAUGGAGUCUCUCAGUCAACUUCCAUUAAAAAGCCCUCAGAGAUCAAAACAACUGAUAAGACACAAGUGAUUGAUGAGGAUGUUCCAGAGAAUGAAAACCAAAGAGAAGGAAUAUCCUAUGUAGAGAAAGAGCUGUUUGGAUCUAAGGAUAAAGUUGGGACGCAACAUGUGAAACCUGUCAGUGUGGGUUCUGCUGACCCUGAGGAAUCUAGACAAUCUCUAGCCAUUGGGCAUUCAGGAAUUAAAGAUACAGCCACUUUUUCUGUGGUGUCUGAUACAAGCAAACCAGAAGACAUUGAUGGAGUUUCACAUGCAGCAACAGGAGAUGGGUCAGCCACAAAGGCUGUCAGGCCUGCAGUUAGUGGGAAACCUGCUAUAGCACCAAAACCAACAGUAGGGCCAAAACCAGAAAUAGUGCAAAAACCAGAGGUGGUACAAAAACCAGAGGUGGUACAAAAACCAGAGGAUGUACAAAAGCAUAAAGUGCAAAAACCAGAUUCUGUACAAAAACCAGAUUCUGUACAAAAACCAGAUUCUGUACAAAAACCAGAGACUGUACAAAAACCAGAGACUGUACAAAAACCAGAGACUGUACAAAAACCACAGGCACAAAAACCAGAUUCUGUACAAAAACCAGAGGCAGUACAAAAACCAGAGGCUGUACAAAAACCAGAUUCUGUACAAAAACCACAGGUACAAAAACCAGGGGCUCUACAAAAACCAGAUUCUGUACAAAAACCAGAUUCUGUACAAAAACCACAGGUACAAAAACCAGGGGCUCUACAAAAACCAGAUUCUGUACAAAAACCAGAUUCUGUACAAAAACCAGAGGCUGUACAAAAACUAGAGGCUGUACAAAAACCAGAGACUGUACAAAAACCAGAGGCUGUACAAAAACCAGAUUCUGUACAAAAACCAGAUUCUGUACAAAAACCAAAUACUGUUCAAAAACCAGAUUCUGUACAAAAACCAGAUUCUGUACAAAAACCAGAUUCUAUACAAAAACCAGAUUCUGUACAAAAACCACAGGUACAAAAACCAGAUUCUGUACAAAAACCACAGGUACAAAAACCAGAUACUGUACAAAAACCAGAUGCAGUACAAAAACCAGAUACUGUACAAAAACCAGAUUCUUUACAAAAACCAGAUACUGUACAAAAACCAGAUUCUGUAGAAAAACCAGAUGUAGUACAAAAACAGAGUGUGGUACAAAAACAUGUGCCAGCACAGCCAAGCAGUACCAGUGCUAAAGAAGAAAGUGAUCAGCUGCCAUUGUGUCCAGAAAGCUAUUCAGCUGGUCUACAAACUCCUGGAGCAGAUUCUCCAAGAACUACUCCACAUUCUGCCCAUGAUAGAAAGUCAGACAUUCCAGAACAAGUGGCUGGUGAGGACAGAAUUAAGGAUGGCUUGGACAAGUUUUCAUCUCAACCAAUGCCACAACCACAUGCAAGCAAAAGUUCCCAGUCUCCCAGUGCAGAUGAUGUGGAAUCAGAGAAGUUACAUGGGGAUUCUUCUAGUGAUGUUCCUACAGCAAACAAACUUGAGAUAUCCAAAGUGAGUCCUUCAAUGUCAUUUAGUGACAGCUCACAGGCUGAUGAGAUCAACAGCUGUGAGGGUCAGUUUGUUGUACAGGGGGUUCAAAGGUCAAGACAGUCAGGAGGUGUUCUCAUACAACCUAAAGAGGAGAGUGUUGGAGACACGUACAGUCCAAACUUAGACAAGUCUGUGAGGACUGAAGGAAAAGAUGUUCUGCUGACACCUUCAGCUAUAGCUGGGGAGAAAUCUGUUGGCAGUACAUCAGAUACACAGCAUGGCAUUCAUUCUUCAGAUAAAUUCAAACCAAUUCUUUCAGAUGGAGCUAUGUCAUCCAGUGUUGAUCCUGAUGAUGUCUGGAGCUCAGGUUCUAAUUUAUUCAGUGCUCAAUUAGCAACAAAAGGUGGCCCCACAGAUUCAACUAAUGGUCCAUCUGUUUCCACUGGUGACCUAAUAGUUUCAGCAACUGGCCAAACAACUACAUCCAAUGGCCCAUCAGCUUUAAGUGGUGGCCAAAUAACUACAAGUGGCCCAUCUACUUUAAGUGGUAGACAAACAACUACAGCCAGUGGCCCAUUAGCUUUAAGUGGUAGCCAAACAACUACAUCCAGUGGCCCAUCUGCUUUAAGUGGUGGCCCAAUAACUACAAGUGGCCAAACAACUAGAAACAGUGGCCCACCAGCUAUAUCUGAUAUCUCUUCAGCACCUUCUGAUGGCACUAAACAAACCACCAGUGACUUGUUGAUUCCCAAAGAUUCCCAAAAACCACUGAAAACAUUAGACAAUGAAACAGAUGAGUCUAAGCAAGUAACUGAGACUGAGAUGGAACAUGACAAAAAGUCUGGCCCUAUCCACUUGCCACAGAUCAAGAGGGAUCUCCAGGACAGUGAUACAGGCAAGGAUCUAUCUGGUACACAUGUGACACUAGGGAUACAGAGGAAGGUUGUAGCCAAAGCAGGACUGGUUAUAGAAGCUGAUGUUGAUGAAGACUUGUCUGAUGUGCUCAUGCAAAAUGUGGAUGUUAGAAAAAACAGAAAGUUUGAGACAAGCGGAGUCUUGACUAAUCCAUCAGAUGUUGAGGGGUCCAGUUAUGAAGCUAUUGCGUCUUCAGGGAAAUUAAGUAAGGAUUUGAAGAUAAAGCAAGAAGUUCAAAAACCAAGCAAUACUGAUUUGAGAGAUAUUGAUAAUUUGUAUGAAAAUAGUAUAAAAGAACCUGUUCUACUGAAUGAACAAGGUGUUUAUGAAGUACCUAAGGAUGCUUCUGCUAAACGAAACACUCUACUGAGUCAAAAUCUCUCACAAAGUUCAAGUGAAGAAAUGUCAGAAGAAACAACAGAGUCUAUCCUGAAAGAUCAGCGUGAUGGGAGGAGGUUGAGUAAGUCUAAAGCAGGACACAGGGUCAGGUUCAAGGAUGUUUCUCCUGAUGUGGAAUACAGCUCUGGCAGUGAGAGUUCCCUGGGCAGGGCAGCAGUAGAGGAGGGUGGAGAUCUUGCUGGAGAACAACCACAAGUCCACAAGCCUCAAGAUGGAGAAAACUCUCAGGCAGGAUUCUUGCAGGGUCUCCCCACAUCUGAAGCACCAGGAUUCUUGCAGGGUCUCCCCACAUCCGAAGCACCAGGAUCCCUGCAGCGUGAGAGGAUCAAGCGGCUGGGUUUCACCACGGAGCAGGUCAUGACGCUGGGGUCGCCCUCGUCGUCCACUUCAUCCUUUGAGGAGAGGGAAGCUGGCACGCCGGAGCUUGAGGCCCUGAGGCUGACUGACAAGCUGUUCAAGCUCAAUCUGAAAGCCGGAGUCACUGCACGAGACAGACGCAAGGGUCGUAUGGGAGACUCGUAUGAAAAAAUCAUACAAGACAUUGCAUCAGAGCUAGAAAAUCUCCAGAAGUUUGAGCAGACACUGAAGGAAGACUGCCAGAUGGGAGAUGAGGCAAAGAAAAUCUUGGCUCAACUUCAAAGCCAUAAGCUGAUACACGAAGACAUCUUGAGCCACCAGCAACCAAUCCUGUCCCUGAUCUACCAAGCGGAACAGCUGACCGAGCACUACCAGGAGGAGCUGGCACCAGAGCAGGUCACAGACUUGGCAGCAGAGGCCGCUGGUCUCAAGAAGGCUUUAGAAAAAAUUGUCAAGACCUCCGACAGAAGAAUGAAACAUUUGAAAACUGCUGGAGAAGAACUGAGCAAGCUGGAGGCAGAGAUGGGCAAAUUUAAUGCCUGGAAGUCUUCAGCCAAUGAGGAGUUGGCCAGACAAGAAGCAUGUCUUCAGAGGUUUGAGGAUCUGAAGCCCAUCCAAGAGAAACAGAAAGAGCUGCAGUCUGACAUCAUGUCACAUCAAGCUGACAUUAGGUUCAUGUCAAAGUCUCUACAAAGUUACAUGGAGGAGGCCAAGCUGCAUAAACUUGAGGUGGACUCAUUCCGUGCUGACCGCCAGAGACCAACACGCAGCAGCCUGAUCAGCAUGGAUCACGUGGCGGCUGACAAUGUCAAGGAUAAGUUGAAGGACGUCUCUGAAGAUUAUAAUGACUUAAAACAGAGGUGUGCAGCCUUUGGGGACAGCCUGAACGAGCUGAGCUCCAAACAGCGAGGGUUCAAUGACGCAGCCUUCAAGAUGCUGUCCUGGCUGGCCGACACAGAGGACGAGCUGGCCACCAUUAAGCAGGAGAGUGGGACCCCUGACCCAGACAAGCUCCACAGGCAGCUUGACCGCAUCAAGUCCCUCAGCUCUGAGGUCCUCAGCCAGGGUAGUCUGAUGGACGAGGUCCGCAAGAAGGGCCACGAGCUGACCCACAGUCUAAGUGGCCUGGCAGCAGAUAGGCAACAGGUGGAGAAGCUGGAGCAUGACGUACAAGAGAUAGAUGACAGGUACACCAACGUCAACGACGCCAUCAGCGCCCAGACCAAACUGCUGCAGGCCACCAUCAUGCAGUCGCAGGAUGUGCAGGGCGCCAUCACAGAGCUGCAGUCCUGGCUGGACAUGACGCAGACAGCCCUAGCCACCCAGCAGCUCAUCGCUCUAGAGCAGCCAUUGGUGGCAGAGCAGCAGCAGCAGUUUAAGUACAUUGCUGCAGAUGUUGAUGCCCACGGAGCUAUUGUUGAGUCUGUCCGUCAAGCCACGCGUGACCUCAUCAAGUCUGGUGACCUCCACAUGGCCAGGGCACUGGAGCUUCAGCUGGCUGACAUUGAGGAGAGGUUUGCCAACCUCAGCAACAUCAGCGACGAGAGGGCCACAGCUUUUAAAGAGGUCAGCACCAAGCUGAAUGACUUCCAUGAGAAGCUGGACACCACCCACAACUGGCUGCAGUCUAAGAUUGAUGACCUACACUCCAGUGAUCUCAAUUCUAUGAAUGUGGAAGAUGCAGCUCAGCAUCUGACCACCAUCGCCACAGAGAAACAAAAGAAAGAGAAGGACAUUGCCCAGCUGAAAGCUACAGCCAAGGAGCUGAAGGAAGACCCACGAACUGGAAGUCCAGCCGCGCUGAACGCGGCGCUGUCAGACCUUGAGAGGGCUGCCAGUGAGUUUGACGGGGCCCUGAGAGAGAAGGAAGCAGAUAUAGCUGAGAGAGACAGACAGGGCAAUGAGUACGACUCUGCCAAGACCUUGAUGCUGCUGUGGCUGGCUCAGAUGGAGGCGAGACUGGAUGAGUUUGAGCCUGCUGCUAUUGAAGUUGACAUCGUAGAGAAGCAGAUCUCAGACUUGCAGCCAAUGAUUGAAGAAUAUGAAGACCAAGGACCUAGAGUGGAUGAAGUGAACGACCUUGGCAAUGCACUGGAUGCAAUGACCAGCUCCGGGGAGCGACCACUCAGUCCUAUCAGACGCCUGGGACGCACUCGUCGCAUCCCAGGACUGAUGUCACCCCGUCUGCGCACCCCCUCCCCCACAUUCCCCUCCCUGUCCCCCACCGCCCUGAAAUCUUCCAUGUCCAGUGAGUCUAGUGGUGUCAGCAGUAGAAAGAGCUCAACAGACAACAUUUUGUUGGAUGAUCUGUCAGAGACCCAGCAACAGUUGCUGGACAUCAACCAGCGCUACGAGAUCAUUGGUGAGAGGCUGAUGGAGCGCCAGCAGGAGCUACAGAAUGUCCUGGCCUCCAUCAGGACCUUCCUGCAGGACAUGCAGGACGUCCUGACCUGGCUGGACGACAAGGAUGGACAGAUGAGCGCAGCCGGCGCUGGGGAUAUCCCAGCCAAUGAGAAGGCUGCCAAGAAGAAGCUGAAAGAACAUGAGGAGUUCCACCGUGAACUGCUGGGCAAGGAAGGUCUGGUCGAGGAGAUCCGCAAGAAGGCUCAAGAUCUGCUCAAGUCACACCCUGGUGUUCCUGGUCUGGAUACACUCCAGUCACAGCUGACUGAUAUAGAUGACAAAUGGCACGGCCUAAGAGCCCUGUCUGAAGAACGCCGUAAAGGACUUGAAGACGCUGUGGGAGACCUGCGAGAUUUCCGUGAGCAUGAAGAACAGCUGACCAAAUGGUUUGGCCAGAAGGAAAAACUGAUGGACGUCCUGGGUCCUGUGGCCAUGGAGCCCUCGCUGCUCAACAGCCAGAUGGAGCAGGUCAAGGUUUUGAAAGAAGAGUUUGCCAGCCAAGAGCCAGUCUAUGAGCAAUUUGUCAACUCUGGUCACUCCAUCAUUGACUGGUGUGAUGCCAACACCUCCGACAGCUCCACCAUCAGCAAGAGGAUUGAUGCUGUCAGCAAGUCUUGGAAUAAACUGCAGGGGCGCCUGCAAGAGAGAGAGAAAAGUAUCGACUCAGUACAAGGGUUGAGUGGGGAGUUCUCCACAGUCACGCGUGACUUGGCCAACUGGUUGUGUGAGUUUAGCGACAAACUUGACCACCUGCCCAAAGUCAGCUCGCAGCCGGAUAAGCAGAUGGCACAGAGGAAAGAACUUCAGGACUUUGAAGAAGAGAUGAGGAACAAGCUACCUCAGAUCACCAAAGCCAGGGACUUGUGCCGCCAACUAUGUGACAAUGCUAAGGAUCCUGCGACCAAGACUGACCUACGGUCCAAAAUGACCGCAUUGGAUAAAGACAUCAAUGACACGAUGAAGAAGCUAGAAGCCAGGGCUGAAGCCUUAGAGGAGGCCUCUAAAGCAGGCAAGGAGUUCACAAGCAACUGCCAGAAGAUGCUCCAGUGGAUCCAGACAACCUCUGGCACUGUCAUGGAUUCUCCAGCUCUCACCAGUGACCCUGAUGUGCUUCAUCAGCAGGCCAUGGAGAACAAGACAAUAAAACAAGAACUGAAUCUAAAAGAACAAGAGAUCCGCGGCCUGCUGGAGAAAGGUCACAAGUUUGUCCACGAAGCUUCCCCCACAGCUGAGACCAUCAGCAUCAAAGAGACCCUGAACCGGCUGGAGGCGGAGCUAGGGGAGCUGAAGGAGGUGGUGGUAGAGAGAGAUGAGAAGAUUGUUGCUGCCUCCAGCCACGCCCAGGCCUUCCAGCAGAGCCUGGAGAAGAUCUCCUGGUGGAUGGGCACGGCCGAGGAGAAGCUGAAGAAGAUGAGCCCGGAGAGUUACGAGAAGGCCAGUGUGGUGGCUAAGAUGAAGGAGUUGCAGGCCCUACAGAAUGAGUUCUUGAAGAAGUCACAUGACCAUGACAGCUUUAAUAGAGAAGCUGAUGCCCUUCUAGAAAGUGUGGAGGAUCCUAAUCAUGAACUCAGUGGACAAAAGAAUGAGGUCAACAGACGGUGGGAUGCCAUCAGCACUGGUCUGAGUGAGACAGCCCAGAACCUGGAGGACCUACAGAGUCGCCUGGCUGAGAUUGAGGACAACAUGUCCGACACCAAACAUAGCCUCACUAGAUGGGAGGACAAGCUGGCCGCCCACAUGGACAUGGGCACGGCCGCACGCGACCCCAAGCACAUUGAUAAAAUUAGGGCCCUACAAGAUGACAUCGCAGGUCUAGAAAGUUCCCUGGACUACCUGGAUGGUCUGGUGGGUGGCCUUGACCUGAAUGAAGGCGCCGACCCUGUGGAGCUGCAGCAGGCUGUCAGGGCCCUGCGUGACAGGCAGGCGCAGCUGGGCAGUGAAGUGGGGGACCUGCUGACCAACAUGGAGGCGGGGUCCACCAUUGUUGCCCAGUUCCAGGACAUGAUGAGAAAGGUUUCAGCUGAUCUCUCUGACCUUGACCUUGAGCUCUCCAAACUUGGCCCUAUCUCAAGAGAUGAGGAUGAGCUGGAGACCCAGCAACAGGAAAUGAAGAACUUCCAGCACAACUUUACCAACAAGACAGACCAGAUCUCUGACCUCAAGGAACAGGCGCGGGACCUGCAGCUGGCUGGCUUUGUGUCAGACCCAGAGCAGCUCAACAACCAGGUGGAGUCAGUGUUGUCACAGAAAGCCAAACUGAAAGAAAAAGCUGACAUCAGACAGGCUGAGAUAGACAGCAGCCUGAACAAGGUGAAGAAGAUCAACGAUAACCUCAGGUCAGUGCGCAGGAAGGUGGACGAGGCCAUCGCCACCAUUGACUCAAUGAAACCCAUCGGCAGCGACGCCAACCAGAUCAAAGACCAGCAGGCUGAGCUCAAGAACUUCCACAAGAGCAAGGUGGACCCUCUCCAGAAGGAACUGGAAGCUCUCAAGUCUGACAUCCAAGGCCUGAUACAGUCUGGUGGUUUGGCUGAGAACAUUGGAGGCAUUGACGGGGACAUGGAGGCCCUGCAGGAGAGCUGGUCGGACCUCAGUGAGAAGGUGUCUGAGAGAGAGCAGAGCCUGGACAAGGCACUGCUCCAGUCUGGCAAGUUCAAGGAAGCUCUGGCAUCCCUGCUCACCUGGUUGGCUGAGACAGAAGAGACCAUGGCCAAUCAGAAGCCAGCGUCUCCUGAGUACAGGGUGGUCAAAGCUCAGCUGCAGGAGCAGAAGCUGCUCCAGAAGAUGAUAGAUGACAGACUGCCAGGUGUGACGUCAGUGCAGGACACUGGCAAACAGCUCAUGUCAGGUCUUGACGGAGCUGACCGUAAGAAAAUGGAAGGUGAGCUCAAGUCCUUAGAGAAGCGCUGGUCAGCCCUGACCAACAACGCAGCAGAGAGGAUGAAAGUUCUAGAAGAUAUCUCCGACCUGUCCAAGAAGUUCCAGGAGAUCUACGAGCCUCUCGCGGUCUGGCUGGAUGUCAGCAACAAGAAGUUUGCUUCACUGGAACCCAAGUCACCUGAUGCUGGGGGCAUUGAGAAGCUUAUACAGGAGCUUAAGAAUUUGCAAGAAGAGAUCAUCAAACGUGAAGCACCUGCUAAGGAGUUAGCUUCUCUUGGGAAACAGCUUCAGGAUUUCUGUAAAGGGGAGGAUGUGGUGAUUGUCCAGGUGAAGAUUGAUGAGAUACAGAAGCAGUACAGCGAGCUGAAGAACAAGGUGGACGACUCGCUGGAACAGAUGGAGGAAGCCCUGCCACUGGCCCAGAACUUCCAGGAGGCCCACAAGAAGUUUAUAGAGUGGGUAGCCAAGGUGGAGCCAGAGAUCAGGGGGAAGGAGACUCAAGGAGGGGACACGGAGGAGGAGAUUCAGGAGCUUCUUGAGCAGUUGGAGGCUGUCCAGCCUUACCUUGAGGUACUCAACAAUGAAGGGGUGGAGCUGGCGGAGGUGGCGCCUGGUGACGCUGGUCUACACGUGGAGGACAUCAUCAACAAGGACAACAAGAAAUACGAUGUGGUCAAACAGAUGAUUGAGAAGAAGGCAGAGAAAGUGAAGAUGUCCAGACAGAAAUCUCUUGAGUGCAUCAAUGAACUGGAUGAGCUCUUGGAUUGGUUUGACAAAGGUGAAGAAGAGCUCCAGAACAUGCCAGCUGUCACUGCCAGCCCUGACGAGCUACAGAAGCAGCUCGCUGUUGCUAAGUCAUUCAGUGAAGAAAUCAGCAACCAGAAGGCUAAAGCAAGGGACGCCAUCACCUCAGGCAAAAAGCUCCUGCGUGACUCCAGCAUGGACGACGAGAGCGCCAUCAGGGAGAAGAUUGAUGAGCUCAAGACCAGGUCUGACACGGUCAGCUCCAUGGCCGCUGAAAAACUUGGACAGCUGGAGCAAGCUCUGCCAUUGGCUAAAUCAUUCCAGGAGACCCACAACGACCUUGUUUCAUGGCUGGAGGAGGUUGAACCCACUUUGGCCGAGCUUGAGGUCAUGACGGUUGACGCUAACCAGGUCAAGAAACAGCAGGAAUCCAUUAAGGCUUUGAAACAAGACGUGUCUGACCACAAGCCUGUGAUUGACCGCCUGAACAAAACUGGCUCUGCUCUACUGCAGCUGGUCAGCUCUGAAGCUGCUGUAGAUGUGCAGGAGAAGCUGGACGAUGACAACAGGCGGGUGGAGGAUGUCAGGAAUGGGGUCAGGGAGAGGUCAAACUCCAUUGAUGCUGCUAUGCAGCAGUCAGCUGAUUUCACUGACAAACUUGAGGACAUGCUGGAGAGCCUGACAAGUACAGCAGAGAAUGUACAGAAUGCUGAGCCCAUCUCAGCUCACCCUGGCAAAAUCAGGGAACAGAUAGAGGAGAACAAGCUGAUUGAUGAAGACAUGCAGAUGAGGUCCAAUGCCCUGGAGUCCGUGAAAGAGGCAGCAGAUGAGCUGAUCAAACAGGCUGGUGAUGUUACUGACCCAGCAGUCAGAGAUGUACGCCAGAAACUGGAGGAACUGACCAGGCUCUACAAUGACAUACAAAACAACUGCCAUGACCGCAACAGGGCGCUAGAAGACACCCUCGGGGUGGCCGAGAAGUUCUGGGAGGAUCUCAACACACUGUCCACCAACAUCAAGGAGCUGCAAGAAAAUAUGAAUGGCCAAGAGAAGCCGGCCCUGAUACCUGAGGCCAUACGUGAGCAGCAGGAGGAACUUGAGGCAUUCAAAGAGGACCUGAUAGCCUCCCAGGCUGACCUUGAGGACCUCCAGCAGACGGGUGACCAACUGAUCUCUCUCAUUGGAGAGCCAGAGAGACCGGAGGUCAAGAAAAACAUGGAUGACACUGAGAGGACAUUGAACACAAUCAGUGAACAGGUGGAGAAGAGGUCCAAGGAUCUGGAUGAGGCGCUGGAGAAGGCUAUCACCUUCCAAGAUGAGCUGCAGAAGAUGCUGGUCUGGCUUCAGACACAUGAGGACACAUUGAAAGACAUGGAGCCAGUAGCCACAGAGUUUGAGGCUAUCAAGAACCAAUGGAAUGAUAUCAAGGUGUUUAAAGGUAUUGUAGACCCUCAGCAUGUAGCAGUAGAAGCUUUGAACCAGCAGGCUGAAGAAAUGUCCAAGGACUGCACCAUAGAGCAGGCCGCUGUGGUCAAGGAACCAGUGGCGGAGAUCAACCAAAGAUGGGAUGGUCUCCAGGCCAACAUAGGAGACAGACAGAGAGACAUCCAGAAGGCAUUGAUAAGUAUUGGACAGUUUGAUCAGGCCUACAAGGACUUCAAAUCAUGGCUUGAGACAGCUGACUUCAGCCUGGAGGAGCUGGAGGUUGUCUAUGGCGACUCUAAGCUCAUUGACAACGAGCUGGCCAAACUCAGGGUGAUCACCAAUGACAUCCUGGCACACAGAGAGUACCUGGACACUCUGCUGGAGGAGAGCAUCAAGCUGGCGGCCAAGGAGAAAGGACCUGAUGCGGCCAAGCUCAGGUCUAAGAUGGAGGACCUGGCCAAGGAGUGGGAGAAUGUCAAGGAGAAGGCUGGCCAGAAGAAGGGACUGCUGGAGGAUGCUAAACGAGAGGCCCGAGGUUUCACUGAAGAGCUACAGGACAUCCUGGUUAAGAUCAGUGACCUUGACAGCCAGAUGAUUACAUCACAUCCUGUUGGUGGGCUGCCAGAGACAGCUAAAGAACAGCUGCAGAAGUUCAUGGAAAUCUAUGCUGAUAUGGAGAACCUGGAGCCUUUAGUCAAAAGUCUGCAGCUGAUGGCUGAGAAACUGGCCAUCAAGAGUGACGGGGCACCAGCCUCUAGCAUCAGACAGAACAUGGCCAACCUCAUGCAGAGGUGGGACCACCUGCAUAACAGGGCAGCUGACAGGAAGAAAAAACUUGAAGAUGCAGUGAACCUGGCUGCCAACUUCCAUGUAGAGCUGAACAAUUUCAUUGGCUGGCUGACUGACACAGAGAAGACACUGAACAACCUGCAGCCUGUCAGCAGGUUGAUUGACAGGGUCACAAGACAGAUAGAGGAUCACAGGGUGUUGCAGAAAGACGUGAGUGGCCACAGGGAGGCCAUGUUCGCCCUGGACAAGAUGGGCACUCACCUCAAGUACUUCAGCCAGAAGCAGGACGUGGUCCUCAUCAAGAACCUGCUCAACAGUGUCCAGCACAGGUGGGAGAAGAUUGUCUCCAGGAGCGCUGAGCGCACCAGACACCUGGAGCGGGGGUACAAGGAAGCCAAGCAGUUUUAUGACUCCUGGAAGGAUUUGAUCCAGUGGCUUACAGGGGCGGAGGAAGCUUUGAACUCUGAUACAACCAUCAGUAAUGAACCUGAGAAAAUCAAGGCACAGAUGGCCAAACACAAGGAAUUCCAGCGCCGCCUAGGGGCCAAACAGCCAGUCUAUGAUGGCAUCAACAGAGGAGGCAGCACACUACAAACUAGAUGUCCAGCAGAUGACAAGCCUGCCAUACAAUCUCUGCUGACAGAGUUGAAGAACAAGUGGAACGCUGUGUGUGGCAAAUCUGUCGACAGGCAGCGCAAACUUGAGGAAGGCCUUCUGGUUACUGGUCAGUUCACUGAGGCCCUGCAAGCACUGCUGGACUGGCUAGCUAAGAUGGAACCAGCACUAGCUGAGGACACACCCGUACAUGGUGACCUAGAUACAGUCAGUGGAUUCUUGGAAACUCACAAGGCGUUCCAGCAAGAACUGGGAGCCAGGGCCACCACUGUACAGUUUGUCCGCAAGUCAGCCAAGGACCUGAUAGAGAAGUCCACAGAGGACAUGUCCCACGUCCAGUCCCAGCUGAUAGAACUGUCCUCUCUGUGGGACAGGACAUGCAAGCUCAGUGUCAGCAAACAGGAGAGGCUGGAGCAGGCACACAGGCUGGCUGAAGAGUUUGACAAAAAAGCUCAUGGCCUACUUGAUUGGUUGGCUGAGUCUGAGAGACAGCUGAGGUUCAGGGGUCCCAUACCAGACGAGGAAGCUUUGAUCAUCCAACAGCUGGAAGACCACAAGAAAUUUGAAGAAUCUAUGCUGAGACAAGAAGCAACACUCCGAGAGACUUUGAACAUCGGCCAGGACAUAAUGAAGAGGUGCCACCCAGAUGCUGUGUCCACUAUGAAACACUGGCUUGGAGUUUUAAGAACAAGAUGGGAAGAGUUGAUGGGAUUGAGCAGACUGAGACAGAAGCGACUCACUGAGGCCCUGUCCAAUGCCAGGGUCAACAGUGCCCUACUGGAGGAGCUGCUGGCCUGGCUCAAUGGAGCAGAAGUCAAACUGACGGAACAAAAUCGUGUGCCCAUCCCAGAAGACAUGCAGAUAGUACAGGACUUGAUAGCCCAACACCAGGAAUUUCAAAAUGAAAUGUCAUCAAAACAACCUGAUGUUGACCGCCUGACUAAAGCAGACAAGAGAAAAGCAGGUUCUGUUUCAGACUUUUUUGGAGGAUCCCAAAUCCCAUUGUUUAGGGGUGGCAGGAUGACACCCAGGUCCAAGAUCCCAACCAUACGGGUGGACAGAGUUGACGGCCGCCGCACCCCUGACCACCUGGGUCGCAGGACGCCUGAACAUUUCUCUGGCCGCAAAACACCUGAUGUGACCGGCAGGCAGACCCCAGACCACUCGGGUCGCAGGACACCCGACCACUCUGGCAGACGCACGCCUGACCACUACUCUGGCCGCCGGACCCCAGAGCCACCCUUCCACAACCCACGGGUGGGGGCGCUGUUCAACAAGUGGCGCCAGGUGUGGCUGAUGGCCAUGGAGAGACAAAGGAAACUCCAGGAUGCUUUAGAUAACUUGAACGAGGUUGAACGAUUAAAGAACUUUGAAUUUGAAGACUGGCGUAAAAGAUAUCUGAGGUGGAUGCACCACAACAAGGCAAGGAUCAUGGACUUUUUCAGGAGACAAGACAGAGACAGGGAUGGCCGAGUCACAAGAAAAGAGUUUAUUGAUGGCAUUCUCAUGUCUAAAUUCCCUACCUCAAAGCUGGAGAUGGAGGCAGUAGCCAACAUCUUUGAUAAAGACAGAGAUGGUUUUAUCAACUAUAAAGAAUUUGUGGCUGCCCUACGACCAGACAGAGAUCCCAAACCUGAGACUGAGUCGGAGAAGAUUUUGGACGAGGUGAGACGGCAGGUGUCAAAGUGUACCUGCGUCAAGCAGUUCAAGAUCCACAAGAUAGGAGAGGGCAAAUACCGAUUUGGAGAUUCCCAGAAACUGCGUCUGGUUCGAAUCCUGCGCAGUACAGUCAUGGUGAGAGUUGGUGGUGGGUGGAUAGCCCUGGAUGAGUUCCUGGUCAAGAAUGACCCAUGUCGAGAGUUUGUUGAAAUUGCUGUUGGUCUAUGGCGGCGUAAGCAGUUCCGUCUAAAACGCAGAUACCUCCACCAGAGUACAGAAGAGUCUAAGGGAAGAACCAAUGUUGAGCUGAGAGAGAACUUUGUCCUGGCACAAGGUGUGAGCCAAUCAAUGGCUGGCUUUGUGUCCAAGUCUCCUGCAGGAAGUUCCAGCGGCUCCUCCUACUCUGGCCGCUCCAACAGUACGGCCAGUGGCCCGGUCACUAAGAUCAGAGAGAAGACCAUACACCAGACGCCAUGGAAACAGAAAACAAAGACCUCGCCUGAUGGGGAGGUGCAUCAGAUUCUCUCCCACACAGAACCAGAUGGGACCAGAACUGUCAAACACAAGGUCACACAGGAGCUUGCUCGCAGUCCUAGAACCUUACAGAGUCCUGCAAGUGGCAGGUCUAGCAGAGCAAGCACUGGCAAUGGCAGUCGACCAACAAGCCGUGCAGGAAGUGAAGCCUCAGAUGACCAGCCUGAGGUCUUCACCACCGUGCAGUCCGAGAAGAGAAGUGUAGGCGGGCGCAACGACACGACCGUGACCUACCAGACCCACGUUGUGCAAACACGAAACGUCACAAUGCCCACUGUCACAACUACCAAGAUUUCAAGAAUACCAAAAAUUUCACCCACUAAAAAAAAAUAAUUCCCAAAUAAAAGUUAAUUUUUUUUUUCAAUUUACUAAGCAAAAAUGCAAUUAUGUUAGAUUUAUCAAGCCGCCUCUUAUAAGGGGGUUCCCCAAGUCUUUCAGAGCGUGGGUAAAUUACCUUGUUUCUUCCUUACCUGUUUUUUUAAGACAUACAUUGACCAUAAGUUGUAAAUAUUCCUAACUGACCGAUCAUUGAAAGUUCAUGAUGAAUAAUAUUUUAAAGUGUCAAAUUUUAUUUAUGUUGAAGUGGAAUCUGAUGAAAGACCUGGCACAUUGUGCUGAUGUGAGAGGAUGUGAAUGUGCCAAGUAGGAUUAUAACGGACCAAUCAACUUUAGCUUUACAUGUCAUUUUUUCUUGAUUAUUUUUUUUUUUGCAUGCUGUAAUCUGUAGUACUUAUUUUUAGAAAGAGAUGUAUAUGGAGAGAAGCAUUCUCUCCUCAGUUUUGUACAGAUAUAUUUAGGUUUUAAAAACCCCAUGUUAGUAGCUAUUUUAUAAUACUUUAUAUUUGCAAUGUAAAUAAGUUAAAUUAAUUGAGUCACUGUGUUAUUUUUUUUGUGAUCUGUUAAAAAAAGAGUACUUUACCUGCGUAACUUAUAAACUGGAUUUUGACAUAUCUUCUCAUUCUCCAAGGAAAUGUGAAAUACUGAAGUCUUUUUAAGUAUUUUGUUUCAUGUACACUGCAAUGCUUAUUUUAUGAAUGUAGACUAGUGUCAAGCUGAAUAGUUAUUUAUUUACUCUUUACUAAUGUGUUACAGAUCAUAUUUUGCUCCAUGUUUUUAAAUUCCCUCUUAUUUAUCUCUAGAUUCAUGUACUAUUUAUAUCAGCAUAUUUACAUCAUUCUAGCUUUGCUAUUUUUGCUACAAGUUUAUGUGUUUAAGAAGGGUUAUAAAUUCUUACAAGAAUUUAAAGUUUUAGAUAACUCGUAAUUAUUUUAAAUAUGAUACCAAGACAUUUUCUGUAUAAAAAAACUAUUAUAUAAACUGAUGCUAUUUUGAUAAGGGUGCGGGUGAUGUAAUGUAUUUAAAAUAAAAAUACUUACCUAACUUUAUAAACAGCCUGCUUUCAUUAGUUCCAGUUCUGUGUUAAUAAUGUAUAGGGUCUGCUUGAUCCUGGAUUGGAGUGUUGGCAACUUGACAAGUUGAUGCGAUUUUGUUUUUGGCUUUGGGGGAAGUCAAACAUGUUGUAACAAUGUGUCAGGUUGCCACUUACAAACAGGGAGAUGUUUUUUGUGCUGUGUUUAUGAAUGGAAUGUGUUGUUCUUAUUGGAAAAUGGAUGCUGUGCUAUACUAUUGAGGAUGUUGGUCGUGUAAUCAAGUGUAAGGCUAGAUAAAGAAACAUUUAUCAUGAUUCUGUUGGUGCUGAUAGUUUUUUUUUUAUUUCACAUUUUUUCCUCCUGCUAUGAGAUGUGUUUUUUUCUAAAUGGAACAGUCAAAGCAUUCAAAUAUUUUUAUUUGGGAAAAGUUUGGUUCAUUGUGUUGGUUCCAAUCAAGCACUAAUGAAUAUAACAAAAUUAUUGAAAUAUCCAAUUUAAAUUAAUUAAAACACAAUUUUAUAAUCACUUGAUGGUGUUAAAUUGCAUCAAAGUUAUUUUAUCAAUAUUUACAUUGACAUGCUUUUUAAUUUAAAAUUAUUUGUACACCUUAAAAUACAGGUUAAAUUAAAAUUUAUUUUAGAUUUUUUUUACAAUUUUUUGACAGAAAGCAACAUGGUUUUACUAUAUGCUUCCAUUAAUUGGUGUUAAAAUUUUUAUUAUUGUUGACAAUGUAAGCUUUCUACAGGGAAAUGUUAUUAGUUAUGUGUAUACAUAUUUUACUUGUGAACUAGAAGGUGACUUGUAUUUUUUACAUCUUUUCCUCUGACCAUAAUUUGUAGCCUGCAUUCUUCUAUCUGGUUGUCAGCAUAAUACAAGGGAAAGAACUGUGUACCAGGGGAAGCAAUUCUAACAAGCCAUCAGAAGAUUAUUUAUCACAUCCAUAAGAUCAGAUAUGAAUGCUUUUGUCCCUCUAUAUUUGUUUUGCCUUGAUUUUUUUUUUCCUGUAGAUGGUAAAGCUGGGGGAGGAUGUACACUAUCUAUGUAUAAUAAACUAAACUGUGAAUCUCAAUCAU